AUGUUGCCAUUGUUCGAAUUCUUUGACCAAAUCUGGGUGCGGAAAGCACUCUCCGCAACUGGCCACACUGUGCUAAUCUAUGAUUACCUUCUGACCUUCAAUGACGAAAUCUUGUACAUUUGGAAUGCCCCUUGGACAGUCGUGAAAGUCUUGUUCCUCAUCAACCGAUAUGGAAAUAUUGCUGGGCAGACUCUCAUUCGGUUGGAAGAGGCCGGCAUCCUCGCACAUAAUUCCCAAUUUUUCUGCCAAAGGUUUUCCAUUAUCACCUCUUACUUUAUGUUCAUAUCUUCAGAGUCGAUCCAUAUACUUGUGCUCAUACGUGCGUGGGCCAUCUGGGGGGCUCAGAGGGGCAUGUCAAAUAUUCUUAUCGGGGGCUAUGUGUCCUACGUCCUUAUCCUGCUGGGCAUAUCUUCUUGCGCUCGGGCAGGCGAAGAGUAUUUGUACCUCGACCUAGUCGAGAUCUGCGUGUCGGCAAUGCCAAAAUUAAUGUGGCUCUGCUAUGUCGGAAGCUUUAUUCUCGAUGCAAUAACUUUUGUCUUAACAGCGCGAAGUCUGCGGAGAUACUCCAGGGAAUUUCAGGGUCUCUACCCCUCCGACCUCCUCCUUUUACUUGUUCGAGAUGCAACCAUAUUUUUUGUUUUUAGUAUGUUUAAUAAUGCCAUGAUUAUCGCCUCCUGGACUGUGUACUCGAACGGUCCAUAUACUUUCCUGCCUAAAGGGUUUUCGGGCCCGUUACUUUCAGUGGCUGGUCAGCGCGUGGUCCUGAAUUUGAAAAGUCUCUCAACGCGUUCCUAUUCGACGCACGAUCUCAGCCGUGAGGUGGACCGACAACUUGAAGCAUUCGCAGAAGAACCCUACAGCUUCCCACCUCGAGGUCAAGAUGGCCUUGAUGACCCAGAAUCUAGCAGAGAGCUUUAG